UCUAUGCGGCGUAUGGGAUGCUCAUCCGUAGAAGCACCUACUAUGAGGAAUAUCAACUGAAGCCAGCUGACCGGGUCGGUCUCUGGAAAGAUUGAUAGCGAGUUAAUAUGCAGGGUAGAUUGCUCCUUGCAUGCUAAUCUAGCGUUGAGCUUUAUAAGAUAUCUUUUGAUCCAUCUACUCAUUCUUGCUCUUUUGUGAUACUCGGGGAAUUCAUUGUUGUUUGGGGACGGUUGAUAUACUUCGCCGCACGCUAGCAUCAUUCACUUUUCCAUUCGUUCGUUGAUAUCCCAAGGGUUCCCAUUACCUAAUUUUAAACUCCGACCAAACGGCCUCGAUCAUUUCACUGCCGCACAGAAUGGCAAAGUCACCAGAUAGCCAAAUCUUUGACCCUAUCUUUGAUAGAUUUGAAGAAGGGUUCGAUGCUAUCUCAAGUAGGGAUACAGUCGCAACACCAGAUUCUGAAAUUUUUCCUCCUGAAAGUCCUUGGCAACAGUAUACUACGCUUGAUCCAAGAACAAAAUCUUGGCAGUUGGCUGCGUCGUUGUCACUAGAAGAGCAGGUAAAAAGGCUUGCAUUCUAUUCACUGCUUCUUACUGAUAACCAUCUCAGGUUUCUUUACUCGUGGCAGCGGACUUUUGGAGAUCGAAAUCGAUUCCUUCUAGGGGAAUACCGGCAUUCAAGACUUCCGAUGGCCCAAAUGGUAAAUAAUUACGCCCUUAUAAGCAUUCAUAUUCCUCAAUGCGAGGCGUUUGAUCUAGCCCAUUGUUUUAUACACUAGUACUGACUAAAUGUAGGUGCUCGUGGGGCAAUCUUCAAGGCUGGAACAAAGGUUUGUCUGAAGUAUCCCAGCAAGAAGCAGCUUUCUAACAGAUUCAGGCUGCAUUAUUUCCAUGCGGUAUAUCACUUGCAGCAACAUGGAACACUGAUCUUAUCCACAAAGUCGGCCAACAUCUUGCUGAUGAAACCAAAGCUCGAUCGGCCCAGGUUUUAUUGGCACCAACUGUCUGUUUACAUCGCAGUCCAUUAGGUGGAAGGAACUUCGAAUCUUUCUCAGAGGAUCCUUUCCUUACAGGAAAACUCGCUGUCGCUUAUAUCAAGGGGUUGCAGGAGAAAGGUGUUGCUGCAACAAUAAAACGUAAGAAAUAUUCUAUGUUGUGCUGUUGUCACAUGUAUUAGGCUAAUUAUGUACACAGAUUUCGUAGCUAAUGAACAAGAAACAUUUAGAUUGACUAUUGAUUCUAUAGUCCAGGAAAGACCUCUGCGAGAAUUAUACUUGCGUCCUUUCGAAAUGGCCAUUCGAGAAGCUAAUCCUUGGGCCGUAAUGUCCUCGUAUAAUUUGAUCAAUGGAGUACAUGCAGACUGUAACUUCCACACGCUAAAAGAAAUUCUAAGAGGGGAAUGGAACUAUGAUGGGUAACAGUCUUGUAUCCUCUAGAUCAUAUCAGUUUACUGACACAGUCUAGUCUGGUUAUGUCCGAUUGGGGUGGAACCAACUCAAUUGCAGAAUCCAUCGAAGCAGGUUGUGAUCUAGAAAUGCCCGUGUCAACAAAAUGGCGAGGGGAAAAGGUAAUCAAAGCAAUAAAAAACGGGGAACUAAGCCGAGAGGCCGUUGAAAAAGCCGCUGCGAACGUAUUAUAUCUUGUGGAACGGACAAAAGGAUCUGAGAUGACACCUGAAGCCCCCGAAGCUGAAGAUGACAGGGAAGAAACAAGAAAAUUAAUUCGUCGAGCAGGAGUUGAAGGAUUGACCCUGCUGAAGAACGAGAACAAAGUCCUACCAAUUAAAGCCUCCCAAAAGAAAAUCGCAGUCAUAGGACCAAAUGCCAAUCGAGCAAUAGCAGGGGGUGGAGGUAGUGCUAGUUUGAAUCCCUACUACAGCACCAUCCCGCUCGAUAGCAUCAAGGCCAUACCUGGAAAGGAAAUCACAUAUGCGCUAGGCUGCCACACCUACAAAUGGCUUCCUCUAGCAGCAGACUAUUGUACCACAUCUACCGGCGCUCAAGGUGUAACCCUCGAAUUUCACAUUGGCGACAAGUUCGAAGGAGCCCCUCGAAUAAUCCAACACCGCACCAACACAGAUCUCUUCCUGUGGGACUCUGUCCCCGAAGAAGUGAAUCCCAUCUGGUCUGUCCGCGCAAAAACGGUACUAACACCCACCACCACUGGCUUGCAUACCCUCUCAUUCUCAAGUGUAGGUCCCGGACGACUUCUCGUCAACGGCGAUGUAAAAGUCGAUUUGUGGAAUUGGACGGAAUUAGGUGAAGCGAUGUUUUCAGGCAGUAAAGAUAUUCUUUUUGAUAUUCACCUUGAAGCCAAUGUUCCCGUCGAGCUGGUAGCCGAAACAACAAAUGAAAUCCGCCCAUUGGCCAAACAAGCACAACUUAAGCAGAAACACGCCACAGGCGGCUGUCGCAUCGGCUAUAAAGAAGCGGAUACUGAAGACCAUUUGCAGAAAGCUAUUGAUGCAGCAAAAUCCUCAGAUGUGGCGAUUGUCAUCGUGGGUCUCGAUGCAGAGUGGGAAAGUGAGGGGUAUGAUCGUCAAACUAUGGAUUUACCAAGUGAUGGAAGCCAAGAUCGAUUAAUCGAUGCAGUUAUAGAAGCAAACCCAAAUACGAUUGUGGUCAAUCAGUCAGGAAGUCCGGUGACGAUGCCUUGGGCGAAGAAAGUUCCAGCGAUACUUCAGGCGUGGUAUCAAGGUCAGGAAGCGGGAAAUGCAAUGGCUGACGUACUUUUUGGAUUUGCAAAUCCAAGUGGAAAGUUACCUGUAUGUGAUUGUUAUUCAUUCUCUGCCUGUUUCCUUCUCACUUCAACAUCAAUCUCCAUAUCUUAUAACACUGGCCGACCAAUCAACUAACAUCAUUCCCCUUCCAAACAGACAACCUUCCCCGUCCGACUCUCCGAUAACCCGACCUACCACACCUGGCCCGGUGAAAACCUCCGUUCCAUUUACGGUGAAGGUGUUUACAUCGGUUACCGCCACUACGACCAUUUAUCUCUUCCCCCUCUUUUCCCAUUCGGCCACGGCCUUUCAUACACCACUUUUUCUUACUCUUCCCCCACACUAUCCUCCACUAAUUUCUCAACCUCACAAGAAAAAAUAACGCUCAGCCUAAAAAUCACCAACACAGGCUCCAUGCAAGGAAAAGAAAUAGUCCAACUCUACAUCCACGAUGUCAGGAGCAAACUGCCCCGACCAGAAAAAGAACUCAAAGGAUUCGCAAAAGUGGAUCUUGCAGCAGGCGAAUCAAAGAAUGUGGAAAUUAGUAUCGAUAGAUAUGCGCUUGGGUACUGGGAUGAUAGUUACCGAGACGGAAAGGGUUUGUGGGUUGCAGAGGAGGGUGCAUUUGAGGCGUGGGUUGGCGCUAGCGCCGCUGAUAUUAGGUGAGUAGCAAGCUUUGUUUUUUCCACCGGACUUGCUGCAGGGUGGAGCAAGAUGUUCGCGUGUUAAAUUAUAAUUGCUAAUGGUGGUUUGUGUGCGUGUGUAGAUACAAAAUUCCUUUUGAAGUUAAGGAGACUUUUACUUGGGUUUUUUAGGCCCCGGGAGAAUGGGAGAGGGAUGGGAAUAGGAGGCAGAGAAAAGUCUAUAUACCGUAUUAGAACGACGAAGAGAUCAUAGGAACGGGGAGAAGAGAAGGUUUUUGAGAAGUUUCUGAAUAUUAUUCAUUCCAUUUAGUGCGCACAGGAGAUUCGAUCUCCAUGUCUUCUCUUUGUUUUUGUUGCUUUUCUUUCCUGUCCAGUUCAGUCCUAUCCAGUUCAACUGAUUACUGGCACUAUGAUAGAUUGAUAUCUUCAUUGAUCUCAACUUUCUUGCACUUACUUUGAAUAUCCUCUCUCUGCAUUCAUUCAUUUAUUCAUCGUGU